AUGGCGAAUGCCCAGCACCUGCAUGGUACGAUCCAUGAAUACAUCAAGGGAAGAAGCGUGUUCGAGUUUACGAACAACUCCUCCGUUCCUCAUGGACGACCUCAUACCCUGCUCUUCAUUGCAGGUCUGAACGAUGGCCUCCCAACCGUCCCCUAUGUGGAACACAUUGCCAAGGCACUGAAGCCCACCAAAUGGUCACUGUUCUGGGUUCAGUUGUCCUCUGCAUAUGGCGCAUGGGGCACCUCCAGUCUCAGCAAAGAUAUUGGUGAGAUCUUCAAGUGCAUCAACUUCAUCAGAGAUCUCAGGAAAAUGCGGUCUCCUCACGAGGAGCAUGGAAAGAUGGUUCUCAUGGGCCACUCCACCGGCUGUCAGGACAUCCUAUACUACCUGACAGACACCAAGAGCGGUUCCAUGUCACAGCCACCCUUGGAGCUGCUACCACUCGCUAUGACCACGAAGAUGGGUUUCACGCUCGAUACGCCAUUCAACGGUUACCGCUUCCUGAGCAUCGCAAGUCCCGAGAGUCCUGGCUCCCCAUCAGACGACGACAUGUUCAGCUCGGAUCUACCUGACGCUGCAUUAGCGAAGACAUUUGGCCGUGUUAGUGCAUGUGGCAAGCUCAAAGGGCAAUUGCUCGUGCUCUAUUCCGAAUGCGACGAGUACGUCCCGUCAGAGGUGGACAAGCGUGCAUUGAUGCAGCGAUGGGAACGGGCUACAAAUGCUGGGGGAGAGCAGAAAUGGGACCCGGAGAGCGGGCUUAUCCCAGGCGCAAUCCACAAUGUGGAGUUCCAUGGCCAGGACUGGCUUAUUGCGCGAGUUCAUGGCUACCUUCAGCGGGUGGAGCGAGGUUAG